GAAAAACAGAUGCACAUGUGUCUGACAUUUUUUUUAGACUAGGUCAGUAGGUGGUAAGUAAUUCAUAAUGGGGAAGAAAUCAAAGACAGGAAAGUCCCGGAAGGAUAAGUUCUAUCAUCUAGCUAAAGAGACAGGUUAUAGGGCAAGAUCUGCAUUCAAGUUGAUUCAGCUGAAUAGAAAGUUUGAGUUUCUUCAAAGAGCAAGAGUUGUAAUCGAUCUGUGUGCUGCACCAGGAGGAUGGUUGCAGGUGGUGGCAGAGAACACACCCGUGUCCAGUGUUAUACUUGGUGUUGAUCUGGUUCCAAUUCGCCCUAUUGGAAAUGUCAAGACAUUGGUGGACGACAUUACCACAGACAAAUGUAGACAGGACUUGAAAAAAGAGCUCCACACUUGGAAAGCUGAUGUAGUUCUCAAUGAUGGUGCACCUAAUGUGGGGAAAAAUUGGUUGCAUGAUGCUUUCCAGCAAGCUCAGUUGGCACUACAGGCAUUAAAGCUGGCCACAGAAUUUCUGAAGAAAGGGGGAUGGUUUGUCACAAAAGUGUUCCGCUCUAAAGACUACAACUCGUUAAUGUGGGUUUUCCAACAGUUGUUUAAACAUGUCCAUGCUACAAAACCACAGGCUUCCCGUAAUGAGUCAGCUGAGAUCUUUGUUGUUUGUGAGAAAUUCUUGGCACCUGAUAAAAUUGAUCCAAAAUUUUUGGAUCCAAAGUAUGUUUUCAAGGAUGUAGAAGAGGAACCAAAAACAGGCAUUAAUCUCAUUCAUCCUGAGAAAAGGACAAGGCAAAGAGAGGGAUACCCAGAGGGAGACUAUACCCUGUUUCACAGCUUGAAGGCAUCAGAAUUCAUCAACAGCGACAACUACCUUAAUUUACUGGCUCAAAGAAAUGAGGUAAUUCUUGAUCUGCCAGAAAUAGCUAACCACAAAGAAACCACAACAGAACUGAAAGAAUGUCUAAAGGAUAUCAAGGUUCUGGGCAAGAGGGAGAUCAGAAAUGUGAUAAGUUGGAGGAAGAAGUUGAAGGCAGACCUUGCCACUGCAAAAGCUCCGCCAGAAUCAGCAAAACAGGAGGUGGAAGAAGACAGUGAAGAUGAAGAGGCUCUGCUUGAUGAAAAGUUAGCUGAGCUGAAGGAAGAAGAACAGAAGGCCCUCAAAAGGAAACUGAAGAAAGUGAGAAGAGAGAAGGUCAAGUUAAGGCAUAAAAUGGAUCUUAAGAUGGUCAUUCCUGAGGACAUACAGGACUUCUCAGAUGAUGUUGGUCUCUUCAAUCUGAACAAGAUCAAAAACAAAUCACAACUGGACAGUGUGGAAAAAGGGGACUCCCAGGAGGCGGAUGAACUGGCAAUGGAAGAAGAGGAAGAAGUGGAUAGGGUUAUCAUGAAGAUGAAGUCAUAUGACAGGAACAGCAAAGAUCAUUUGGAUGACCUUGACCCAUAUUCUGAUGAGGAGGGUGAGGAGGAACCAGAGUUUAUGUAUGAUUCAGCUGAGGACGACAUAGAAUUUGAAGAUGAGGAGGAGGAGGGGAAUCCCCUAGUGGUCAGUCUACAGGACAAAGAUAGCAUGGUCAAAAACCGAUCCAAGGCCUGGUUUAGUAAGGCUUCAUUUGCUGGGAUUGAAGAUGAUGAAGAUGAAGACAUGGAAAUUCAAACUAUGGCAGCUAAUUAUAAGAAAAAAGGAGGGAAAAUUGCUGAUGAUGAUGACAGUGGGGUUUCAGAUGACAACUUUGAAUCUGAUGAUGAUAUGGAUGAUAAAAUGGGUUCUGAUGGUUCCAGUGAUGCUGAAAGUGAAGAUGGAGAAGAUGAUAAUGACGAUGAUGAUUCUUCAUCAGAUAGUGAUUAUGACAUUAAUGAAAUCAAACAAAACAGUCAAAAAGACAAGACUUCAACAAAGGCAGGAUUUGAAGUUGUGCCUAAAGAUGAAAACCUCCCCAGACUUGAUGCUGCCGGCAUGGCUAUUGGUUCCCAGAUGGUUCAGUCCAGGAAAAGGAAAAGGGAGAUAAUGGAGGGAGGAUACCACAGGUUUAUGUUUAAUGAUGAUAACCUUCCUGAUUGGUUUCGUCAAGAUGAAUCCAAGCACUGCAGAGUGACGCUUCCAGUGACAAAGGGAGAAAUAGAAGAAUAUAAAAUGAAAAUGAAAGCGCUAAAUGCACGACCAAUUAAAAAGAUAGCUGAAGCUAAAGCCCGCAAGAAGCGAAAGGAGGUGAAAAAACUGGAACGAGUUAGAAAAAAGGCGGAGGCUAUUUCUGAUACAGCUGAUGUAGCGGAUCGUGAUAAAUGGAUGCAAAUUAAACAAAUUUACAAAAAGGCAGGCUUACUGUCCAAGAAGAAGAAGGAAAUAACUUAUGUAGUGGCCAAGAAAGGGACAGGGAAAAGAGUGAGGCGCCCCCAAGGGGUACAGGGGCCCUUUAAGGUGGUAGACCCCCGGAUGAAGAAAGACAACUUCAAAGACAAGAAGUCUGCUAAAAACAGGGGAAAGAAAGGGAAAGCUAAAGGGGGCAAGAGAAUGGGCAAAAAUAAAAGAUAGUUGUAAUAUA